AUGGCGGCCGUGGCUGCGGAGCCAGGAGCUGCUGCUGCAUCAACAACAACAGGGGGGGACGGGCUCGAGUACGCAGCGGAGCCCGGCGAGCAUGCGGCCGGCUUAGAGCCUGACUCUGCGUCGGGCUUCGACCCGAAAAUGGAGCGGUGUCACCAGGCUGAGAGUGUGGAUGCAGUUCAGGAAUGCAGUCAGGUCCGGAUGGAAAUGAGAAGGCCGGACUUGAGACUCGCGGGAAACGCGCUCGAGGAUGGACACAGCGACUCGGACGAGCGCGUGCACACGGAGUGCACGCAUAACGACACCGGGGCCGCAGAGGUGCGCGCGGACGAGUCGUUUCCUCCAAACGCACCGGCUGUGAAUAACGAGGUCAGUCCUGCACGAGCCUGCUCUCCGCCCUGCUCCGGUUCACAUCCUGAACCGUCCUCGCGUUCGUUCCCCGCUCGAGCGGACACCGUGACUGAGCCGGCACACGGUGAUCCCGAACCGGUGCGUCCUGCUGAUCUGGAGCCUGAGACAAUCUCCGAGCCCGAAGCUGCAGACGGUGGUGAUGCUGCUCCCUGCUCCGACUGCGAACCUGCACAGGAUGCUUCCCCUGCACGCCCCCAGUCUCCCGAGCCGCAGUCCGCUUCAUCAGAGGAGACCUCGCCGAGAGACUGCACCAGUGACUCUUCCAACAUCUCGAGUAAAGACUCAACUGUGCAACUUCCAGCAGGGAGCGAUCAGCCUCACUCCCCCCCGGAGCCGGAGGAUGCGAGUUCAGGCGUGUGUGACCCGGCUGUGAGCCCCGAGCCCGAGCACAAAGUGUGUGCAGAAACUGUGGACAGACAGCCCGAGCAGAUCUGCGGGCUCGUGCCUGGUUCCGAGGUUCGGGUCUCACUCGAUCACAUCAUCGACGAUGCACUUGUUGUUUCGUUUCGUUUAGGCGAGAAGAUCUUCUCCGGGGUCCUCAUGGACCUUUCCAAAAGAUUUGGACCCUUUGGAAUUCCGAUAUCUGUGUUUCCCAAGAGAGAGUACAAGGACAAACCAGAAUCUAUGCAGCUUAAGGCGGAGGCAUUCCAGUCAGAGACUGAGAAAGGAGUUGCUCAAGGAACUCCUGACAUCCUUUCAGAGGAACCUGUGCAGGGGUCUUCAGUGGCUCAACCUAGUCCUAACCCUGAGCCCAACCCAUGGACCGUAAAACCCCCGCCUUUGUUUCAGGAGGGGGCUCCUUAUCCGCCUCCGCUGUUCAUCAGGGACACCUACAACCAGUCGUUACCUCAGCCUCCACCUCGCAAGAUCAAACGGCCAAAGCGCAGGCUAUACAGAGAGGAGCCCACCUCUAUUAUGAAUGCCAUCAAGCUUCGACCGAGACAAGUGCUAUGUGAUAAAUGCAAAGGGGCUGUGGUACAAGGGGACAAGCGCGAAACGCGCAGAGGACCUAUAUCAGACUGCCGGAGUGAUGAUGCAAAGCGUCGGCGCAACGAGAGCACAGCUCCGGGUGCUGGGAAGCGAGCUCGCAACGAGGCACGCUCAGAGGACAGGAGCCGCUCGGCCGACGUGUCCAAGCGGCAAGCUGCAGCGAUACGGGUCACUUCUUCAACCCCAUCCUCUCUGGCCCAGAGCCACGUGAAGGGAACAGCUGCAGGGAGUCGAGUGAUUAAAGGAGUGUCCGCUGCAGCACCGGCCUCAGCCACUUCCCGAGUCCAGCUUGGUGCCAAGAAAGUGCUGCAGAGCAAAAACGUUGACCACUCGAAAGCACGUGAAGUGUUGAAGAUGGCCAAAGCACAGAAGCGACAAAGGGAAUCGGUCACCGGCAGCAGUGGUAACACGAAGGCCAUGACGAGGGCCGCGGCUCUUCAGGAGUCACACCAGAAGGUCCACUUCACCCGACGACUGCAGCAGAUUAGUGGAGGAGGACCAGGCAUGUCCAACCCGCUGCCACCCAGGAUGCGCAUCAAGCCUCAAAGGUACCGUAAUGAAGAAAAUGAUUCUUCUUCAUGUAAGCCACCUUGCUUGGAGAAAGUGCCGGGAGGAGGGCGUUUAACGCUGCCUAAACUAGCUUCUCCUCGCUGCACCUCCACACGCUCCACAGGCCAGGCCACUGCCGUUGCAGAGCCCCAGGGCCCAGACAGAGAGCUGGAAUCCCCAUUGAGGCAGGUGCGACCCAAACCCCAACCACUCUCCCAGCCACCUACGGACCACAGCAAACCACAGCCUGAGCCAGAGGAACAGGGGCAGGAGAUGCGCGGUAGCAAGGCUGGCAACCUGGUGGUAUACAUGACCCUGAAACCCAGGCAGCCUGACUCCUCUAGUACCUCCAUGUGCAGCGUCGAUAGUGCAGAUGACUUAAAGUCAUCAAACUCAGAGUGUAGCUCGACCGAGGCCCUUGACUUCCCUCCGUCUGGCGAUUUUCGAUCUGCCUCUGCCCCUGGCACAUCUUCCACUUAUGUCCCUGCCUCUGCCUCUGCUCCCAAGGAUUCAAAAAAGCGCAGUAAAUCCCUCAAAGCUGCAGUUUUUUCCAAAAAUGUCUCAAAGUGUGUUGCUCUGGAUGGCAGGAACAUUUGUGUAGGGGACAUUGUGUGGGCUAAAAUACUUGGCUUCCCUUGGUGGCCUGCCCGCAUCUUAGCUAUCACAGUGAGCCGCAAAGAUAACGGGCUUUUAGUCAGGCAGGAGGCCCGUGUCUCCUGGUUUGGGUCACCUACCACUUCCUUCCUGGCAAUUACUCAACUUGCUCCCUUUCUCGAAAACUUCCAGUCCCGCUUUGACAAGAAGAGAAAGGGCCUGUAUCGUAAAGCCAUCACAGAGGCCGCCAAGGCUGCCAAACAGCUCACUCCUGAGGUUCGCGCCUUGCUAACUCAGUUUGAGACGUGAGUCUGUGUGCCUUUGAAAAGUAGGCAAAGCAGGCAUGGCUUUUGCCCCAUAGCCCUUUUAAAAAAAGAAAGAAUACACUCGUUACCCCUUACCGUACCCAGCCACCUUCCAGAGAGAAGCAUAAAAAAAGUUUCAGGCCAGUCAACAGGACUCGCUUAUUUUCAUGGAAAAAGAAAUUAGGGCGUCUAAGGAGCCGAAUGUCGUUGGAAGUUGACAGAGAUGCUUAAUCAUAAUAAUAAUAAUAAUAAUAAUGAUAAUGAUGAUAGGAAACGGUUGUCAUGUUUCAUGUGAUGAAUUUUUUUCAUGUAUAAUUUAACUUUCUUUAUGCCAUAUGGAAUCUAUCAUUUGAUAUUUUAACAUCAGUAUAUUACUGUAUAAGUGCAUAAUUAAGCCCCUUUUUCCUUCCCAGAUCACUAAUUUGCUUAGUGUCAUAUAGUAAAAGAGUCCGUUGGUGCAAAAAAAAUGGUAUUAUUUUUUAUUAUUAAUGUUAUUAUUCCUAGUCUUUUAAAUAGUAUUUAUUGAAUUGGACUUAGACAGGAUAAAUGGUUUUAUUGCUUAAAGGACAUUUCAGGGAGAUGUGAAUGUUAAUCCAGACCCAGACAGAUUAAAGGCAUCUCUGUUGUUCCUAGUUUAUAGCUUCCUUGUGGGUGUGUUGAAAGGAGGCACUGUGGGCUUUGAUGAAUGCGAUUUAGUGGUCAUGUUGAGUUCGACCCACUCUGCAAAAGACGUCUCUAACUUUAACACUCGCUGUAAAACUGAACGACACAACACCUUAAGGCCCGUGCAUAAGAAAGAAAGACAGUAAAAAUGUGAAAAAGGACCCUGGUGGGUACAAAGUCUCUAACUCAGGUAGAUGAAGAGACUUGCCUGGUGCUGCUCCUCCUUUAUAAUCAGAUUUAAUCAGAUGCUGGAUCCUCAGUCUGAGGAGAAGAGAGGAGUCUCGAUCUGGGUGCGGUUCUUGGCCAGCGGUGGCUUCGCAGGCAGUUUAGCUGAGGUUUUGUCGGAGGUGCGUACAAGCCAAAGCCGCCUCAAGUGCCAGAGAGCGGAGUGAGCAGAGGCCCUGUUUAUCACUUUAACAGAUAAAACCUGAAGCAGACGUGCCAGUCGAAGUGAGCAGCCCUGAUUCCCACCCUCACAGCUGCAUCUGCUCGCUUCACUUCUCCUUCAUCCUCUCACCCACUUCACAGCUCUUCUCUUCUCCAAUGUUCUUCUCCGCUUGACACCAUCUCGCAUCUUCUUUCUCUCCUCCUUCCUUUUCCAUGUGUUCGUCUUCCACUCUCUCUGACAUUUAUAUCGAUAUCUGAAAUAUUUUUUUCAGAUGUUGAUGUCCUUUCGCUCUCGCGUGGCCGUGGUAGUUUCUUUUUGUUCAUCCGUUAUUUAUGGUUGUGCUUCAUCAUGAGCACGCUUUGUUACAAUCGAGCAUUAAAAUUCAUAAAGUUGCAUUAUACCGUUAAGAGAAGACUGUUAUUAAACUGUCUUGCUGAAAACUAGCGCACUGAAGCACAAGACAGCAGUUCCGAUACCUAAAUAUAAUAUGUUUAAUCAUUAUUAAGUUAAAGUUCUUUUCUUUUUCUUUUUUUUUUAUAUUGUUGGCUUGCUAGUUCAACAAUUUUUUCUUUCUUUCUGAUUUUAGUGUUUUGUCUCUUGGAGGAAUGUUUUAAAUAGUGUUUUUUUUGUUGUUGUUGUGCCUGAACUUUAUUUUUCAUAGUGUCAUAGUGUCACCCUUUUUUUUUUUUUUUUUUUUUUUUUUUGGAUCACAGGGCUGAACAUGUGAGAUACACAAUAGUGUAUAUAGAUAUAAAUACAUAUACAGUAUUCAACAUGUAUUUUACCUGAAGAAUGGGGUGAUGAUACGGCAUCCUGAGAACAUUUCAUACCUGAGAACAAAGGGUUUAAAUUUGUAUGAAGCAAGUUUUGUUAAAGAGGAAAUGUGUAAUUUCUCUGUAUCUCUGUUUGUCCUACACUUACACUAGCAUUCUGAACUGUAUUUUUCUCCACCUGAGAAGGGAUUUACUGUAGGAGAGCCUGGUCUUCACAAGUACGCAAGUAGACAGAGAUCGGGAGCUUGAUCGCAAAAAAAAAAAAGAGGAAACACUUUGCUUGGUAGACCACACUGACUGACUGACUGACUGACGUUUAUUUGUCGAAAUCAGAGCAAAAUGGUAUUUAUUUUCGGUGGUUGGCUUUGUUUCAUUUCGAUCUCUUUAUUUUUUACAUUUAUUAUUUCUAUCUGUUUGCAGGUCAGAGAAUGCUGUAAAACAAUUGAAAAAAAAUUACAGUGGAAGAUAUUGUGUACAUGUUUUCUGAUGUUUUAAGAGUAUAUAAAUAAAAUGUGAACUUCAAGAAUUUUACC